UCCAUUAUUUGGCUUUUAAAAACAUAAAGCUAUUUAACGACAACAUAAAUUAAAAAUGUGUGUGUAAUGUUCCACGUUGAAGUACUUCUUUGUAGAAAAGUCUCUACGUCUUUCCUCCUUUAUAAACUGCACACACAAUGAUCCUUAGUCCAUAAGCAAAAAAAAAAAACAAAGCCAAACAAAUAAAUAACAUUCACAUUCUCUCUCUAACUCUAGAGAUGGAGAAGAACGUACCAUUAAGCAAGAAGCUACUUAACAUCGUACGUUUUGUCAUGUACAUGUUACACAAAGGCAUCUCAAAGCAAAAGCUCCUCGCCGACUUUAACGCCACUCUCAAACGCGGCAAGAAUCUCAUCUUCCACAACCGCCGCCGAGUCCCAGCCACGGCCUCCACCGUGGCUUCCCAGCCGAGGAAAGACUACGAAUUUAGCUGCAACGACACUCCAAACUACUCAUUCCCCUUUAACAUGGCCGCUUUCAAGAAGAAGAGUCACCACAUUGGUGGUCUCUUCGCGUGUGGUCAAGCGCCACCGACCCUCGACGACGAUACCUCCGCCUCCUUAGCCGUGCUGGAGCUGCUCAACGGCGCAGGAGUUCAAGAAGGCGGCAGUAAGACGCAGGCUUUGUCGGUCGAGGCUUUGACGGCGUCGUUGUCUCCUUAUAACUUGCCCGGGUUUGGACGGAGUUCUCAGUCAGUGAGACCUUUACGUGUGACUGACUCACCGUUCCCGUUAGCGGAAGAUGGUGACGUGGCCAACGGACAUGUGGACAAAGCAGCCGAGGAGUUUAUAGUGAAGUUUUACAAGAACUUGAAUCAGCAAAAGAAGAUUGAGUUCUCACCUAAAUAACAAAUCUUCUUUUUCAUUUCUCUUCCUAAAUAAUUUCUCUCUAUUCUGCUAAUUUGGUACUCUGAAGUUGUAAUAAUAUUUUUGGUGCGAGGGUUGGGGAUUUUCUUCUCAUUUCUUGAUGAAAUUAGAUUUACCAUUAUGAAUAAAAAAGUUAUUAUGUGGCCA